AUGUGGAAGCUGCAGCUCGUUUCCACGCGGCGGUCAGCUUGCUCUCCUGCCACGCUGCUGCUGACAUGCCUGCUUGCCCUCGUUGGCGCGGUUGCAGCGUCGAUGCAGACCAUCGAUGAGGACGAGUACAUCCGCCUGCACAAUGCUUCCCCCACUACCAGCAAAGACAGCUCGAAUCGUACCGUGCUGGCGUACAUCACGCCAUGGAACUCUGAAGGCGCUGCGAUGGUGGAUGCGCAUGCGCACAAGAUCGACCUCGUCUCGCCCGUGUGGUACACGGUGCUGGUCGCGCCCACCAACUCCACCACACCCGACGCGACAUACAUCCUUAGCGGUGGGCCACCCGGUAAAACAGAAGAGGCGUGGCUUGCGAAAAGGCUGCGCCAGUCCUCGCCGCGUCCACACAUUGUGCCUCGAUUCUACCUCGAUGGUUGGCAGCAAAAGGAUUAUGCAGACCUCCUCUCCGCCCCAUCGAACUGGCAUCGACUUGCGGAGCUCAUUGCCACCGAAGUGCACGUGCGCAAUUACGACGGCAUCGUAUUCGAAUCCGCUGCGACGCAUUUACUCUUCGAGCCGAUCUCAACCCUCAAUUCUGCACUGAAGCGGGAAGAUAAGAGUUUGACAGUGGUGAUGCAGCCCGUACGCACGCCGUACUCGAUUGGAAGCAAGGUGGAUCGCAUGCAAGACAGUCAGAACCGCAUGAUCGUUCAGUCUAUCCCACAGCUCGCUGGAGUGGUGGAUUUCUUCUCGAUCAUGACGUACGAUAUGUCCUCGGCCAGUGGGCGCAUCAGCUCGUUUGAGGGCAAGGAUUUUGCCGACGACAGUCCUCUGCGCGGCGCGAAGAGGGGAAGCCUUCGACAGGCUGGACCCAACACCAGCCCACGGUGGAUCAAGCAGAAUGUCGAUCUCGUCCUCACAGCCACUCGAACCGCUUUCAAGGCCGGUCUCAACCCAAAGAACGACGACGAGGAGGAGGAAGAGAUGACACAGGCGAGGUUGAAAGAUCCUAGCAAUCCGUUUUUGUAUUCGGAUCUCGCAGCUGCCGAGGAGGUAGAGGACGAGGAGCGGGAUGAAUUGGCUGCUGUGCGCGGCAAGCUGUUGAUGGGUAUGCCGAUGUACGGAUACCGCUAUCCAGUGUUUUGGAUCGAUUCGACAGGUCAAGGCAUCCCCGUUCCUCCGCCCAGUACGCCACGCGAAGCGGAACAAUUGCACGAGCGCAGUGCACCAUCGGCCUCCAACAGGGUUGUCCCUUUCCUGCGCGGACCGGGAGAAGCAGUCACAAUGCAAGGUAUUGUCGAUAUCCUCUCCGACUACGAUGGUGUCAUCGUCAAUCCAGACCAAACGCACGCAGAGGGAUGGUUCGACUAUACCCAAAUCAUCACCAAACAAGACACAAUCCCCGGCGCCAAAGAGGGCGACCACGUUUACUGGCGUCUUUACCUUCCCCUCCCCCACACAACGCGCGCAAGGACAAACGCACUCAAAGAGCUCGAGGAUGACAACCCAGGUCUAAACCUUGGUGUCUCGCUCUGGGAACUUGGUCAGGCCAGUCCACUCCUCCUCAACCCGCUCUAG